AGAUGAGGAAAUGUCUGUCACGCUUAAUCUAUCUAAUAUUACAUCUGCCUAUAAACCCAAUUACUCUUUAUCCGCAUAAUCUCUUUUUGCAGAGAAGGAAAACAAAACAUGUUUCAUACUGUCCAUAUCAAGUCGUUUAUAUCGUAAGCAAAUAUCAUAAACGCAUUCCUAAGCCACGCUCUUGAUCUUCCUCUAAAAGGAGACCAAUUAUUGCAAUCGUUAUGGUGUAUCCGUUAUUCGAGCUAAGAAAAGAAAAAAAGCAAAGCUAGAUUGUAAAGGACGCGAGAUGACGCUUGGAAAGGUACAGGACAGGUGUUCCCUAACGAGAUGUAUGCGAGAUAGAACCGAUGCCCGCAUGGCUCAACGCGUAUUCAUAAAGUCCUCGGUGGUCACGGCUGGCCGACCGGAGUUCCGGGCCCACUUCCGGACGUGUCCGCACCGGUACGGUUUCUUUUUUAACUCAAGAACGCAUCGUUUCAGUUCUAUCAGCGUACAGUUAGCCGGUGUUACCUCGUGGCAUACACCUUCUCCUUGCUUCUUCGCGCAUAUCGCCACGGGAUCGUACAUGCGUUCCUUUAAAUCGCCCGAAGGAUAAACAGGGAGAGAAGAAUGGAUUUCUCUAGACGGCAACGGAACAUCAUCGCGGACGACGAGGUGGGCGUGCAGCAGUGUAGUCACCACUUCCUGCCGCAAAUGAUCGUCGCAGACGAAACGCGAACAAUAAACGUGCAUACAUAUGAAGACAACGUGUGGGCAUGAAUGAACGCGAAGAUACAUCUGCAAAAACAAUGGCUCGUACGAUCGUUGCACUUUGCAUCACCUACAUUGAUGAGCAGGUUUCUAUGCGCUAACUGCAAUCUGCGCGCAAGCUGGAAGGGUAAACAGCCUGUUACAUCACCGGUGCUGAAAUAUUCCUAGUUAAAAGAGGAUAACGCAACGCGCGUCUAAGAAAGCGUGGAGCAAUUAAUUUUAAGUCGAAACGAAACACGCGAGGGAAAGACACGAAAGAAAUUAGUUCAAUAGCAUUAUAAUGAUUUAUUCAUAGAUUCAUCAUCAAUCACAUAUUGAAAGAUUUAAAUUUCUUUAUUAUUUCGACCUAUAAUUAAAAUUUUAAUUACACUCUUUUUUUCUAUUCGAAAUUUGUCUUCUCCGCAAAAUUCGAGACUUUGAUGACCCCCUGGAUACAUUAACGCGUUAAACUGUGCCGCGUCCACGCACCUAUACGAAAACAAUACAUAUAUUUCUGUACAUCCGUUUCGUCGUAACACUUAUUCCUAUGUGUAUAUCCUGCUGAGUGGAAACAUCAUUGACCGUGAAAAUAACACGGCAAUUAAUCCCCGAUAAAAGUAAGGAUUAGGUUUCGCAAAUUGUAUUUUCACACAGCUCAGCUACGAUUAUGUACGAUAUACGUGCGAAUGUGUUCCCACACAUACGCGCGCACGAACGAUUGCGGAUCACCUGUGAUUAAGUCCUCCCGAGGACCUCGGUCUCGCGAGUUCUCAUACCCUAGUUUUCUGCCAGCAACCGUUCGGUGCGAGUCCAACGAUCGUGUUUCUCCGUUGCGAAAUUCACGCUCGCAUCCGUCAUUCCGAGAGCCGGCGUUCGCUCGAAUUUUAAAUAAUUAAUAAAGGAUCGAUCGAUUGUAUCCAAGUGAUAUGUCAGAGCCAUCGGGAAAGAUCGAAGAAACGGUGUGUAAUUAGGGAAUACAAUAGGGAAUUGAAGGAAGAAAGCGUGAGAAGAAUGUGUUACAAUGAUACCGUGUCGCUCUGUGAAAUUUUGAUAGUAUAGAAUUGUAAUUGUAAAAUAAAAAUUUGUGUUAUUACUUGUGUAGACAGGACGACAGGAGUUGCCGUUCGGAUGACUCUAACGGUGAAGUGUUCAAGAAUGUCCCCAGGAACAGCAGCACCUUUCGCGUUUGGAAGAUUGAGGGUUUGCGAGUUACAGCCGUCACAGGAAGUAAUAUGGGAUAUUUCCUCUCGGAGUUGGCGUAUAUCAUCUACGCGGUUUCACUGAAAGACGGUCCACUUCCUUAUCCUGGAAUGCCGGUGAAAGAAUUAAAAUCCACCCCGAUUGUCCGUGUCAUUCACUUCUGGAUCGGAUCCACCUGUGAUUCCACGAUUUCAGGGGCAGCCGCCCUUCGAGCGGCCGAACUAGACUCUCAAGUAUCCGCUACGAUUUUAUCAAGGGAAGCACAAGGCCGCGAAAGUCCAAGAUUCUUGGCAUACUUCCGGCAACGUCUCGUUAUCGAGAAUUUUCAUUUCGAAACACCAUCGUGCACGUUGCACCGAAUAACAGGCGUCGCGGUUCCCGUUCUGACCGAACUGGAAAAGGUUCAUUGGGACCAUUUCAGUUCGCGAGAUGUUAUUCUCGUGGACGUUUUAUCCAAGGGGAUUGUGUUUCUAUGGCUGGGUUCACUAUCAGACCCACUGCACAAACGGCACGCAGUCAGCAUCCUAGAGUCAAGAAAAGGAAACAACAAUGGUCGCAUCGUAAUUGUCGACGAUGGUUACGAGCAAACGCUACCCGAAACAGACAGACACCUGUUCGACAGCAUUUUAGACCCAUCUACCAGGAUAGUGAAGCCUGAUCGUCCUUACAGGGUCAACGUCCCAAGUCCCGUGAAACUGUACAGAUGCAGCGAGCAGUCUGGUAAAUACAAAGUCGCGGAAUUAAAAUCUGGACCGAUUCUCCGCACGGAUCUCACCUCCGAGUCCGUGUAUCUGAUCGACCGCGGUGAGGCCGGUGUCUGGGCAUGGGUCGGGCGCAAUGCGAAUGCUCGAGAAAAGUUGGAAGCCAUCCGCAAUGCGCGUGGAUUCGUUAAGAAGAAGAAUUAUAGCAACGGUGUGUCCGUUGAGAGAGCGGUCGAGACCCAGGAACCCGUAGAGAUGAAGGCGUUGGUCAGGGGAUGGGAAACAACGAAAACCAGACCGCUUACUUUACCUGUGAACUUCGAGCCUGAUUACAUGAACGAGAGGCCUAAAAUGGCAGCUGAAUGCCAACUGGUUGACGACGGAUCAGGUGAAAGAACACUUUGGAGAGUGAGCCGUAAAGAGGGAAUGGUUCAGCUGGAGGAUAAAGGAAUAUAUUAUGCGGAAGCCUGUUACGUAAUGUGUUACAAGUACGGUCAAGGUCGCAGGAGUAAAACCAUCGUGUACUGUUGGGAAGGUGUUCAUUCUAUGAACGCGGAUAGAGAGGCCGCUUUGGAAACAGCUUGUCGUUUGGCGGAAGACACUUCUGGACAAUUGGUAAAAGCAUGCCAGGGUAGAGAACCACAUCAUCUACUGCAAAUUUAUGAUGGGAAAUUGAAGAUAUUAGCUGGAGAACAUCGUGAUUCUCCACCUGAGAAGUAUCUCGUUAAAGUUUUCGGAUCAACUCCUUACACUUCCAAAGCUGUCGAACGACCUCUCAGAGCCAGCAGCCUCGAUUCCAGUGGAGUUUUUAUUCUGUUUUGUAACACGCCUGUAGUCUGGUGCGGUGGUAAAAGUACCGGAGAUGCUAGACAAGCAUCCAGACGACUUGCACCCAGAAAUGCAAUUCUGAUGAUUGAGAAUAACGAGGAUGAUGAAUUCUGGGCGGAAAUCGGAGGCAAAGGCACUUAUAUCACAGAAACGGUUGAUGAUGGAGAAGAGUUUGAGAAACACCUGUACCAGUGUUUAACAGAAUGCGAAACAUUCGUUGGUGAAGAAAUUCUUGGAUAUAGUCAGAAUAAUCUUCUUCCAGAAGCUAGUUGGUUGCUGGAUGCUGGUAACGUGAUAUGGAUUUGGAUUGGAAAGUUUUCCGCUCCUAAAUCGUUGAAAGAUUGUAUACAAGAUGCAAUUACAUUUCUGUACAAUCAUCCAGCUGGUCGAGAUCGAAAUACAACAAUCUCUGUGAUUAAACAAGGAAUAGAACCUUCAACGUUUAUAGGACUUUUCGAUAAUUGGAACUAUAAUUUACUAAGAGAAUACAAAUCGUUUGAAACGUUUUGCACUCUCUUACAAGACAAGGAAUCAGUGCCUAAGAUACAAACGUUAUCAAAAUCAUCGAGCGACUUCGACAGUUAUGUAAAAUAUCCUCUUUCUGUUUUGAAAAAUGAUCCGGAAAAUUUGCCGCCCGGUGUCGAUGUUGUUCGUAAAGAAAUGCAUCUUACUUUUGAUAACUUCAUUGCAAUUUUUAAGAUGCAACCUGACGAGUUUGUAAAACUUCCUGGUUGGAAAAGGCAAAGGCUCAAGCAAUCAGCUGGGCUUUUUUAACACUUAUUCGUAGAUUUUAAGCUUUUGUACCAUAGUUAUUAUAAUCAAAACACAAAGACAAUCUUUAUACUUCAGUGUUUGGAAUUAAAUUUAUUCAUUGAAA